AUGUGGAAAAAUCCGUUUGGAUUUCCAGGUUUCAUCCUACAGGUCAUCUUUAUUACUGGAGGGCCAGUUUUCUUCUCAGCGGCAAUCUACAUCACUCUAUCGGUAACGAUAGAGCAAUUAGCCCCUGAGCUCUCUCGCCUAAAGCCGGCGAUAUUUUAUUGGAUUUUUAUUUCUGCUGAUAUUAUCUGCAUGGUGCUGCAGGCGAGCGGCGGUGCCUUGUCUACCAUUAGCUAUGGAGCAAGUGAAACCGGCGUCAAGGUGGCUUUAGCCGGCUUGGCCGCACAAGUCAUUUUUCUUUUCGUGUUCUGUAUUUGCUUUGGUGAUUAUAUGAUUCGAUAUUUCAAAAGUAGCACAACGCCACCUAUGACUCCAAAGCUACAAACAUGCUUCAGCUUCCUGGCUCUUGCUGUUACUUGUAUUCUUGGCCGGUGCUGCUAUCGAUGCUAUGAGUUGAGUCAAGGAUACAGAAAUUCUACUGUUAUCACUAAUGAGGGUCUUUUUAUUGGUUUAGAAGGAGUUCUUGUCCUAAUUGCCGUUUUCGCGCUUGUUAUAGCACAUCCAGGCCGCAUGUUCGAGCCUGUCAACAAGCCAACAUCUGGACCAGAAUCUCCGUCUAUCAAAAAAUGA